AAUCGAUGUCAAGGUCAGUGGGUGUCCUCCCACAUUCCACGCACUCUGCCUACCAUUACUUACACUAUCACACAAACUUCUAUUUAGCUCUCCAUAACCACGUGGGAUGAUCACACACGAGUUGUGCCAAAAUAAUUGUUAAACCAUAGAAAAAAGUUAAAAGAUAAAACGGGCCGUGAUGAACAAGAACAAAGCCGCUCCUCUCUAAUCUGUCUCCUGGGCUUCCAGUUAUGGAUCAUAUCGUAUCAGCUGCCACAUCGCAUGGUUCUAAAAUUAGUGACUGAAAUUUGAGCUGAUAAGAUAAAAAUGAGGGAGUGUUUUAGCAAUUAUCCCACUUUAAAGUUGGGAUAGAAAAAGAGCCGUUUAACGAGAAAGGAAGGGGAAGUCUCGGCAGAGGAUAACGAUGCCAACGCUUCUCAAUCCUCCAUGUCACUCUCUUUCUCUCUUCUCCUCUUCUUCUUCGUCUCGUUGCUCCGGAGACUGCUGCUCCAUCAAUUCUUCGUUGAGAGUGUCAAAGUCUCUAUGCCAUAGAACCCUAGUUCCCAUUUCGCUCCGCAGUCCCGCCCUUUGUCGGGAAUUUUCCCUUAACGGGAUCGGAUUCUGCUCUAGGGAUGAUGUUUUCGGCCUCCAGGAUGGCGGAAGCGGAGAGAACGAGGAGCUCGAGCUGUUGAAUAAGCCCAAUCCUGUACCCCAAACAGAGGUUACCCCGUCAGAGGACGAGGACGGACGCGCAAAGCCCGAUAGAGAUGAGAUUCUGGAGCCUUUUCUGAAAUUCUUCAAGCCGGAGGGAGAACACGGCGAAUCUGGAGCCCCGGCGGAGAGAAAUAGCGUGGGCGUUGAGUACUACGACCCUAAACCAGGUGAAUUUGUGGUCGGCGUGGUGGUUUCGGGUAACGAGAACAAGCUCGAUGUGAAUAUCGGCGCGGACAUGCUGGGAACAAUGUUGACGAAAGAGAUUCUGCCUUUAUACGAGAAAGAGCUUGACUAUUUGCUGUGUGAAGCUGAGCAGUUCAUAGCGAAUGGAAAAAUGGGGGUUGUCAAGGAUAAUGACGAAGAUGGUGUAGCGAAUGGAAACGUUGUGAGGGCAGGAAGGCCGGUGGUGGAGGUAGGGACGGUGGUUUUCGCGGAGGUGCUGGGGAAGACGCUCAGCGGCCGCCCUCUCCUCUCCUCCAGGCGCUACUUCCGGAGGAUCGCUUGGCAUCGAGUGAGGCAGAUACAGCAACUCAAUGAACCUAUUGAAGUGAAGAUAACAGAAUGGAAUACUGGUGGCCUUCUUACUAGAAUCGAGGGGUUGCGAGCUUUUAUUCCGAAGCAGGAGUUGGUGAAGAAGGUGAACAAUUUCACGGAGUUGAAGGAAAAUGUGGGUCGCAGACUGUUUGUGCAGAUCACACGAACAAAUGAGGACAAAAAUGACUUGAUACUGAGUGAAAGAACAGCUUGGGAGAAGCUGUACCUUCGAGAAGGAACACUCUUAGAAGGGACUGUCGUCAAAAUCCUUCCAUAUGGAGCUCAAGUCAAACUCGGGGACAGUAACAGAAGCGGGCUGCUGCACAUUUCAAACAUAACCCGGAGAAGGAUUGGAUCGGUGAGCGAUGUUCUUCGGGUGGACGAGAAUGUAAAAGUUCUGGUCGUGAAGUCUCUGUUUCCGGACAAAAUCUCUCUGAGCAUUGCGGAUCUUGAGAGCGAACCGGGCUUGUUCAUCUCAAACAGAGAGAAGGUUUAUGCUGAUGCGGAAGAGAUGGCGAAAAAGUACAGGGAAAAACUGCCGGCGGUGGCUUUGAGCAGCUGUUCGGAACCUCCUUCCAGCAGAAGUAGUUUCCAUUUGGGCAAGGAAGAGGAGGAUACGUUUGCAAACUGGGAUUGGUUCAAGUUCGAGACUGAGUGACAACAAAUGGAUCAUCCUUUUCUCAUCUGAAGAUGAUGAAAUGGUGGACAAAAGUCUGUUGUGAGUGCUGUACACUCAUUUUUCUAUUCCAAAUAGAACACUUCUCUUUUGGAAAUUAUGAUUCAGUGGCCUUUUCGGAGCUUGUUAAAUAAAUCAUUGCAGCAUUUUGUUCUAUUCAGCGAGAAAUACAAAUUGCUCGACUGAGAAA